CGCGUGUGACAAAUAUUUGCGUUCCUACCUUCACGCAUAGAUACAAACACAGAUAUGUACGAAAAUAUGUUCGAGUAUAUUGAGAUGGAUCCAAACAUAUAGUAUUGGUCGGUUGUACAACCAAGUCAUUUAUGCGUUUCGGGAAUCGUUUCGUGAAUCACUGAGUGUAUUGGCCUUUGUUCUACGAUCAUUAAUUAAUCAAAUUAAUUAUAUUCGCAGCAGCAGCAGUAUGUUGUGAUCUGUCGGUAUCUGAAGUGUGUGAUAAAAGAGGCCAGAGAAAGGCGCAAAUUCCAGGGAAUAUACAUAUGUAUUACUCGUAGAAAGAAAGUCAAGUCGAGCACAAAGGUGCGUUUGUAUAGAGCGAAAAGUGUUUUUAAAUACUUAUAGAUCAUACUGUACCAUACACGUAUAUACACGAGCAGCAGCAGAAGCAGCAGCAGUAUUAGCGACACUUCGCCAGUUGUCCACUUGUCCACUUGCGAGCCAAACUGUCGCUGCCCGCGUCCGUGUGUGUUGCGCGAUCACUUUAAAAAUAUAAUUUGUUUGUCGCUAUUUAUAAAAACGUGCAACGCGGGCCAAGUUUUCGAUGUGAUCUCUUUGGUGGCGUCAUUGCCCAAACCAACGAAAUGCCGCCACUUGGCAAUGCCGACCGAUGCCUGAAGUUGUGCCACCAGUACCUCUGAGGCCUUUUUGCCUCUAGGCGUGCACUUGAAAUCGCAAAUUUGUGCCAAUUGUACAUGUCAAGUGAAAAUAUUCAAAUAUUACCAAAAAGAAAACAAAGAAAUCAUACGCCCUGUUGUGUCUAGGCCAGAGUGCCGAAAAGGGUUGAGUACAUGUGCGGGCCUUGCAAUGUAAACAAAAACGAAUAAUCAAAUAAAAGCAAACACAACAGCAACAACAAAAGCAACCACAACAACAGACACAUCAAUAAUGGCGAACAUUCUGAUCAGCACAAAUAUGAGUGAAGGGAUGUCGGGGUGUGAUCAAAGCACUGUCGAAUCAUUGGCUGAAGAUCCAACAGAUUCACCGUUCGAUGCCGAUGAUUGUCUCAAAGUUCGAAAAUACUGGUGUUUUCUGCUCUCCAGCAUCUUUACAUUCCUUGCUGGGCUGCUCAUCGUGCUGCUAUGGCGCGCAUUCGCCUUCAUUUGUUGCCGCAAGGAGCCAGAGCUGGGACCCAACGAUCCCAAGCAGAAGGAGCAGAAGGCGUCACGCAACAAACAGGAGUUCGAGGGAACAUUUAUGACAGAAGCAAAAGACUGGGCUGGAGAACUUAUCUCGGGUCAAACAACAACUGGUCGAAUUUUGGUCGUACUCGUAUUUAUACUCAGCAUCGCAUCCCUCAUUAUAUACUUUGUUGAUGCAUCUAGCGAAGAAGUCGAAAGAUGCCAAAAAUGGAGUAAUAACAUUACUCAACAGAUCGAUCUCGCAUUCAAUAUAUUUUUUAUGGUUUACUUUUUUAUACGAUUCAUAGCGGCGUCCGAUAAGCUUUGGUUUAUGUUAGAAAUGUACAGUUUUGUAGAUUAUUUUACAAUACCCCCGUCCUUCGUAUCAAUAUAUUUAGAUCGAACAUGGAUCGGUCUUCGAUUUCUUCGAGCGCUACGUCUCAUGACUGUUCCAGAUAUUUUACAAUAUUUAAACGUACUAAAAACAUCGAGCUCGAUACGCCUGGCUCAACUUGUAUCAAUUUUUAUAUCCGUGUGGUUAACUGCAGCGGGCAUUAUACAUCUGCUGGAGAACUCUGGCGAUCCGCUGGAUUUUAAUAAUGCUCAUCGUUUAUCCUAUUGGACCUGUGUCUAUUUCCUAAUUGUGACCAUGUCAACGGUAGGAUAUGGUGACGUUUACUGUGAGACUGUCUUAGGAAGAACAUUUCUCGUGUUCUUUCUGCUCGUCGGCUUGGCAAUGUUUGCCAGCAGUAUACCGGAGAUAAUUGAACUCGUCGGUAGUGGCAAUAAGUAUGGCGGUGAACUCAAAAGAGAACACGGAAAGAGACAUAUUGUGGUAUGUGGACAUAUAACAUACGAAUCCGUGUCGCAUUUCCUGAAGGACUUUCUGCACGAAGAUCGUGAAGAUGUCGAUGUCGAGGUCGUCUUUUUACAUCGCAAAGAACCUGACCUGGAGCUAGAGGGACUGCUGAAGCGUCACUAUACAACAGUGGCCUUUUUUCAGGGCACUAUGAUGAAUGCAGUCGAUCUGGAGCGAGUCAAGGUACACGAAGCCGAUGCCUGCCUAGUGCUUGCUAACAAAUAUUGCCAAGAUCCCGACGCAGAAGAUGCUGCCAACAUCAUGAGAGUGAUCUCAAUCAAGAACUACAGCGAUGACAUAAGAGUCAUCAUACAGCUUAUGCAGUACCACAAUAAGGCGUAUUUGCUGAACAUACCAUCGUGGGACUGGAAACAGGGAGACGACGUCAUCUGCCUGGCCGAACUGAAGCUGGGUUUCAUAGCGCAGAGCUGCCUGGCGCCUGGUUUCUCCACCAUGAUGGCCAAUUUAUUCGCCAUGCGCUCGUUUAAGACCUCGCCAGACAUGCAGUCUUGGACAAAUGAUUACCUCCGCGGCACUGGCAUGGAAAUGUACACAGAAACAUUGAGUCCCACAUUUAUUGGAAUACCAUUUGCUCAGGCUACUGAGCUGUGUUUCUCGAAGCUGAAGUUGCUGUUGCUGGCCAUUGAGAUCAAAGGUGCUGAGGAGGGAGCCGACAGCAAAAUUUCAAUAAACCCGCGUGGAGCCAAAAUACAGGCAAAUACGCAGGGUUUUUUCAUAGCACAAAGUGCCGACGAGGUCAAGCGAGCCUGGUUCUACUGCAAAGCCUGCCAUGAGGACAUCAAGGAUGAGACACUCAUCAAGAAAUGCAAAUGCAAAAACUUGGCCACCUUCCGGAAAGGCGUCCGAGCCGUACAAAUGGUUGGGCGUGCAAAAGACGAUGAAUACUCGUUGUCAAAUGAACACCAUCCUGCACCCACAUUUACGCCACCAGAGCUACCCAAACGGGUGCAUGUGCGUGGAUCUGUAUCUGGUGAUAUCACACGCGACAGAGAAGAUACGAAUCUACUCAAUCGCAAUGUGCGCCGUCCGAAUGGCACUGGAAACGGUACAGGGGCCAUGCAUCACAUGAACAACACUGUCACCGCCGCUGCCGCCGCCGCUGCCGCUGCAGCGGGCAAGCAAGUGAACAAAGUGAAGCCCACGGUGAACGUGAGCAGGCAGGUGGAGGGUCAAGUCAUAUCGCCGUCUCAGUACAACAGGCCACCAGAAAAUGAUGCUAACCCUUAUGCGGGCUAUCAACUUGCUUACGAAGUUAAAAAGCUCAUGCCAACGAGUCGCAGCUCUGGCACGGGCACGCAAAAUCAAAAUGGCGGCGUUACCUUGCCCGCCGGCAUCGCGGACGACCAGUCGAAGGACUUUGAUUUCGAGAAGACAGAAAUGAAGUACGACUCGACGGGCAUGUUCCACUGGAGUCCGGCGAAAAGCUUAGAAGACUGCAUAUUGGAUCGCAAUCAAGCGGCCAUGACGGUGCUAAACGGUCACGUGGUUGUCUGCCUGUUUGCGGAUCCGGACUCGCCACUCAUCGGGCUACGGAAUCUGGUUAUGCCGCUGCGGGCAUCCAAUUUCCACUAUCACGAGCUCAAGCACGUGGUAAUUGUAGGAUCGGUGGAUUAUAUUCGACGCGAAUGGAAAAUGCUACAGAAUCUGCCCAAAAUAUCGGUGCUCAAUGGCUCCCCACUGAGUCGCGCCGAUUUGCGUGCCGUCAACGUCAAUCUGUGUGAUAUGUGCUGCAUAUUGUCGGCCAAAGUUCCUAGUAACGACGAUCCCACGCUAGCAGAUAAAGAAGCCAUUCUGGCCUCGCUAAACAUCAAGGCUAUGACCUUCGACGACACGAUCGGCGUGCUCUCCCAACGCGGUCCGGAGUUUGACAAUCUGAGCGCGACCGCUGGAAGUCCGAUUGUGCUGCAGCGGCGCGGCUCAGUGUACGGCGCCAAUGUGCCCAUGAUAACAGAACUGGUCAAUGAUAGUAACGUGCAGUUUCUCGAUCAAGACGACGAUGAUGAUCCAGAUACAGAACUAUAUCUCACGCAGCCGUUCGCCUGCGGUACUGCGUUUGCUGUGAGUGUAUUAGACUCGCUGAUGUCAACGACAUACUUCAAUCAAAACGCCUUAACGCUAAUACGCUCUCUGAUAACGGGCGGAGCCACACCGGAGUUGGAGUUGAUACUGGCCGAGGGCGCAGGCCUGCGCGGAGGAUACAGUACAGUCGAGAGUUUAAGUAAUCGCGACAGAUGUCGUGUGGGCCAAAUAUCCCUUUAUGACGGCCCGCUGGCUCAGUUCGGAGAGUGCGGAAAGUACGGUGAUCUGUUUGUCGCUGCACUCAAGUCCUACGGCAUGCUGUGCAUAGGUCUGUACAGAUUUCGUGACACGAGCUCUAGCUGUGAUGCGAGUAGCAAACGUUACGUAAUAACCAACCCACCCGACGACUUCUCACUACUGCCAACAGAUCAGGUGUUCGUUUUAAUGCAAUUCGAUCCGGGCUUGGAGUACAAGCCGCCCGCGGUUCGUGCACCGGCCGGCGGUCGCGGUACCAGCACACAAGGGUCCGGGGUCGGUGGGGGCGGCUCCAACAAGGAUGAUAACUCUUGAUUGUUACUGUGUAGCGCCUUAACUGAUGGUCCUUAUUCGUACAUUUGAACGAUGGAGAAGUUAAUUGUGUACAGAGCGGCGCAUUUAUGGCACAACUAUUGGCAUAAGAUUUGGUUCAAGUUGUGGCGGCAUCGUCACAAAAAAGCUGAAAAGACAUACAAUGUAAACGUAAAAUAAAAAUGAAUUAAAUCAAAAAUUCUUAACUGGGCCAGCUUAGGCGUAGAUUAGUUAUAAACGUGCUGCACACAAAUGCGUUGCUCUGUACUUUUAUAUUUGUCGAGACACCCGCAUAAUGUAUUUUGUCCAACCUAUCUAACAAUCAAGGGACAACUGCCACCGACCAGCACGCCCACAAGCCGAACAACAGCUAUCAACGUGCCAGGGGGCCAGGUGAAGUCCGGUGUCUCCACAAAUAUAAAAGACACAGACUGUCAAAAGAACCAACAACUUCUUUGAUAUCCAUCGUUCAAUUGCUAACUGAUUGCUUCCCACACCAUUCCGUAUGCCUUUUUAGAACCUUGAAAUUAACAUACUAUUAUUAUUAUUAUAAUUAUUACUAUUAUUGCACUAUACUUAUUUUACUUAUUUCUUCCAUUAUUCUUAUCCUCUAUUUAUCUGUGUACGUAAUUUUAUUAGUUUUUAUUUUGUAAUUUGCGUUUCUGUCCAAACUUAGUUCAUAGAUAGCAAUAAAAAC